UCUCAGUUUAAUAUUUCAUCUGGUUACAUGGAUGCCACCUCCUCCCUUUUCACUUCUCCACACAUGCUUGCUCUCUCUUGCUAUGAAAACAGGUGAUGACAAGGCGCUGAGGAGCUCACUGAUGAAUGACUGAAGAAGCAAGAGAGAAAAGUGUUAAAAGCUUUGGAUCAGCAUCAAUCAGAAGAGUUGGAACUACAGUAACUUUCUCUGUAGACGUCGAGAAAAGGGCUGCCGAUACUUUUUCAGAAACUUGAAUGGGGAUACAGACUCUUUACACUUCAUCCUGACGAUCUUUUUUGCCGUUUUUUUCUGUUCUUCUUCUACCCAUAACUUUAAAGUCGGUCACUAUGUCAGGAGUCAGCAGUGAUCAAUUGCACAAAUCAACUUUAAGUGUCUACUCAAGCCUGAUGGAGAACUUCAACCCAGGUCUGCAGAAGCUCGUUGCACUUGGAAACGGCUAUGUUAGAGCUUUCCAAGCCUUAACUGUUUGCAGUGAGGCGUACUUCAGCGCUCUGGCUAAGAUGGGAGACCAGGCCCUUCACACGAUUUCGUCUCAUUCUCUUGGCGAUGUCCUGAUCCAGAUAUCAGAAACACAGAGGAGGCUCACUGCAGAGAUGGAAGGGUUGUUUCUGUGGUUCCAGAAGGAGGUGCUGCAGGCGAUGGAGAAGAAUGUCAAAUUGGAUGAGGAGUACAUGGAAGGCAGUCGCAAAGUGUACGAGAUGGAGGUGAGAAACCAGGCAGAAGCUUUAGAGAAACAACUUAGAAGAGGAACCUUCAGAGACUCUCUGGAGAAUAGUGAAUACAUGGUUUACCUGAGGCAGAGCCACCAGGGGAUCCUGAAGGAAGAGGAACGACGGUAUCGCUUCCUGGCAGAGAAGCACUGCGGCCUCACUCAGUCCCUGCUCUUCCUUGUUAACAAGACUGGUGCAUCCCUCCAGCAGAAGGCAGAUGGAUGGAAAGAGAAAGUGAAUGAGAACAAGGGGUCUCGAUCACGAACUCCGACGCAUGUAGAUCAAGAGGCACAACUGCGAGGUUCGGUGAGCUCUCUGCUGCAGACAGUCGCCAGAGAUGAGGAUAUGUCCUGGGCCAGGCGGGAGCAGUUAGCAUUGGGUAGAGUGCCCUCUAGAGCACCAUCUCCCCUUCCCAGUCGCUCUCGCUCCAGUUCAGUGGGGGAAUCUCUGGGUUUGGGAGGAGGAAGGCCCAUGAGAGCCCUGGUGUCACACCCCUCCUCCUCCAACCCAAAGCUUUUGCCUUUUAACAGAGGAGAGACUAUCAUUGUGCUGGUCCAGGAGCCACGGAACGGCUGGUUGUAUGGACGCACCGACAGCACCCUGCGUCAGGGCUGGUUUCCUGCUGCAUAUGUGGCUCCUGUUGAAGAUGUCUCCAGCACUUUAUCAACCAGUGAUUCUCUCAGGAGUCACAGUAUGAACAAUCUUCUGGACAAUGACACUUACCCUGAACAAUUAGAGGCCAAGGGUUAUGGCGACAUCCCACCCCCAGCCACGCCCAACCGUAGGGCGUCUGUAGACUUCCGACCAGUUUCUCCGGCGCCUGACAGGAGGACAGAACCAGCAACGGAGACAAAGCCUCCGCCUCCUCUACCAAGUCAGAAUCUCAGAAGAGGCUCUGCAGAUUUACGACCCAUCUCUCCCCUCCCUGACCGGAAGGUUGACUUGGCAGCUGAUGUUCGGGCAUUAUCUCCACAUGGGCAACCUGAUAACCCCUUGUUUCCCAGGGGCACAAACCCGUUUGCCACCGUGAAGCUUCGCCCGACGACGACCAACGACAGAUCUGCUCCUCGGAUCCACUGAUCCGCCGUCACUCAUGCGGGCAGAGGUCGUUACUCAGACUCUAACAUUGGGUCAUGAGGGCAGCAUGUACGUUUUUUUUAUAUCUUUUAAACGUGAAUGCACUUAACCCGAUGGACAGAGAAAUGUUUUCGGAAGAUUUUACAGACUGAGCAAAAGUAAAAUGAUACGUUGUCUAAAUAAUUUAAACCACAAACGGGAGUAGCCGUUUUAACAAGUCUCUGGACAGUAAUUAAGAUGCUGUGUUGUUUUGGGUUUGUCUCCUAUAGCACAAAUGUAAAAGUAAAAUUUAUUCUUCCUAUUGUCUGAAAGUAUAAAAGGAAUCUUUUGUUCUUAUCAAGCUGGAGCAUUUUUUUUGCCGUUUUCACCAUUUUUUUAUUCUUUCGACCUCAUAGUCUUUGACCAUAUUGUAUGAAAUUUGUAUUGGUUUGUUAAAUCAUAUUCAAGCAAAGGCAAAUAAAUAUGUUUCUCUGUAAUUUGCCUUUUUUAUUUGCAUGUUUUUCGAGACCAAUAUUUAAGACAGCUGUAAGAAUUAACAAGUAACGACACAAUAUCUCAAAUUUUUUUUAUUUUUUAUUAUCAUUUCUUACUGGUGUCUUCUCUCUUCACAGCUCUCCUUAUAGAUGCAUUUUUUUUUUUACCACAUCAUCUGUUUAGAGUUUGGAAGUGAGGAGGAGGAGGUGG